UCCUUUUUUCUCUCGUUUUUGUUCAAAGAAUAACAAACUCCCCUCUUCUCUCGUUCAUGUACUCUUAGAUUUAAAGAGAAAAUUUUCGUUUUUUUUUUUGUUCUUCUUUGAUUGAAUCCACCCUAAAUCAUAUGUUUUCACCCGAGUGAUUUAGAUUCGAUUCUGCAAACCCUACUUUUGGCUAUUUUUGAAUGGCGAACAACGUUGACAACAAUCAAUCACCUUCUUCCUCCACCUCCACCGCCGCAGAAACUCCCUCACCUCGUUUUCAGAUUGUUCCAGGAUCAGAAUCCAACAUAAUCAGACCUAUGAUUGAUGGUGAGAAGACAAUUUGUUCCUCGGUACCCGAAAACUCCGAUAAUGUUGGCAAUGCAGGUGGAGGCAUGAAGUUGGCGUGGAACGUAAUACAUUCUAAUGGGCCGUCAGAGAAUGGUGGGCCUGUAUCAAAUGUUAUGGGCCCUGCUCAUGUUUGGCCCGCUCUUUCUGCGUCCACCAAAACUUCUCCCAAGUCUUCGUCUUCAAAUUCAUCCAAAAAUGUAUCUAAAUUUGGAUCUGUUUCCUCCCCUCAGGUAACUGGAACUGAAUCACCAUCAUUGUCAAUAGCAUCACCAGUACAAUCUCAAUGGCAGUUGCAAUCUUUUUCAACAUCUCAGAAGCCUACAACUAGUAAUAUGAACCAUAAUGUGAUGUCUAACCAUGAAAGACCUGCACAGCAAAAACCUAAUGAACCUGAUAGUCAGAGCAACCCUCAGGCAAAUGGUGUCUAUUCUCACCCAUCUUCAUCACCAGCAAAAGGUUCAUAUAGUCAGAAUCAGAGUUUCUCAAACCCUAGUGCUAGUGGUGGUUCUAAUUGUUUUGGUAGGGUUAACAUUCAAAACCAUGGUCAUAAGGACUCAACUUCUAGGAAUGCAAGUGGGGCUCAACCUUCACAAAGUAACUCAUUCAGGAGGAUAGAUGGUGGGUCAAAUUGGCGUGGCCAUGGAUCACCUCAGAAUGAUGGGGGAAGUCUUGGAGACCAAUAUCGCGGGCACCAUGAUUGGAAGCAUUCAAGGAGUUUUAAUGGUAGAGACUUUAAUACACAACCAAGAGUUUCGCCUAGGAAUGUUGUCAUGAUCCCUCCUCUUCCCAUUUCCCCGCCCUCUCUGCCUGGACCUGUGUGGCCUUUUAUGGGGAUGGCUGAUUAUCCAAUGUGGAAUCACCCACCUUUUGCCGCAUAUGUUCCUUGGCCUGUGUUUUAUCCUGUUCCAAUAUCUCGGUUGUAUGCUGCUAUAUGUGACCAGAUACACUAUUACUUUAGUUAUGAAAAUUUAAUCACAGACCUAUUUCUGCGGGAAAAUAUGGAUGAUUAUGGUUGGAUCUCUGUUAAAUUAAUUGCAAGCUUUAAAAAAGUUAAGAAAUUGACGGAGGAUAUUCAACAUGUAAGGAAUGCUUUGUGCCAUUCGACUCUUAUCGAAUUACAGGGUGAUAAACUCAGAUAUUAUUAUGAUUGGAGAAGAUGGGUAUUGCCCCCCGAGAUCAAGUUACAAGUGCCAUAUUUAUUAGGGCGUUAUUAUCCCAAAAAGGUUCAAUCAUCUGAUGUUGAUGCUACUGUCAAGGAUGGGGAGACUCCAACUCAGCAUUGAUCUCCUACAUCCACCCUUUUCUUUUGCCGUGUGAGGAUCAUUUUAUCAUAUAUAAUAUGAUCACACGGACAUGGAAAACCAACAUUAAACAUUCACUCAUCUUAAUCACUUAGUUUGCUAACAAUGGCCUUGCAGAAUGGAAGGACCAUAUGUAUAUAAAAAAAAACAUUAAAUCAUAAAAAACCCAAAAAAAAAAAUCAAAAAAAGAUAGUAUACAGAAAAAAUAGAUUGCAGGAGAAGAUUCCUAAAAAAAAUUUUGUUUAUAUUAUUCUUUUUUGUAGUUUUGACUUUAUGCCAGACAUUUAGGAACUAUUGUGUGUUUUUUUUUUAUUUUGUUUUUUGGUUCCGGUGGAGUAUGAUGAAAUCAGCUUUGCCCUGUUUACUGCUGGUUUUGGUGCCUUAAGUUUUGAUUGGAGAAUUUAGUUUCCAUGUCUCUUUGACGACGCCCCUCCGGCUUCAUUGAGAAUGGAACGUCUGGAAAGUCAUCUGAUUCGGCAAAUUCUGAAAAUAGUGAUGGGUGAUGAAGUCAGUAUUUGUUCGAAGAUGCUGGUCGUAAACCGAUUCAGAUGAUUUAGUUUCAUUUAAUUCUUGUUUUGGAAUCUAUAAGGUGUGCAUGAGAGUUGAGACUACAAAUGUAUGCACUUAGUUAGAUGGUGGUACAUAAUUAUUUCUAUCAAGAGAACUCUUGCUUAGAACUUAGAUCAUGUUUUUUUUUUUUUAAAGAUAUUUGUACAUAUUUGAUUUUUUUAAUAAUAGUUAGAAAGUAGAUUAGGUAUAAAGUUGGGUGAUACUGUUUGGUUGAGUGAUU